AUGCAUCUACAGCCAUCACUGCAAGUAGCUCGCUCAAACAGCCCGAAUCAAAAUCAUCAACUAGAAACGACUCGAUCUACACCCAUCAUUAACUCCAGACUCUUUGAAGAUGAACGAGUUUCCGAUAGUUUGAUUCCCAUUUUGCAAAUUGUAGUUCCUCAUUCCGAUGAAUCCACUAAUACUUCAUCGACAAAUGGUCAUUCCAAGAAUGCCGAAAAACCAGCCAUUCCAUCACGAUACUCUCUCACUCGAGUUUCCUCCUUUACGAAUCGGUCGUUUAAAGAUUUGAAAGAAGUGCCGACCGAUCUGUUGCCGAAAAUUAUAGAGGUUUCUUCCCGAUCUCCAACACCUGUAUCUCCUGUAUCUCCCAUAUCACCACCUCGCUCCUAUGCUUCGUCUCCAAUUCCUUCUGGAAAUACAUUACUACCUUCUCCGAUUACUCGUCCAGCCUUUACUAGAACAUCCUCAUCAAGUACUAAUUUAUCAUUAUCGAAUUCGGUGCCAAGUACCUUAAUUCCGAAAACACAAAAACCUCCCAAUACCUUUCUGACAGAAGUGGACGACAAGAAAGAAAUUCAAAUUGAAAUUGAAGAUAUCGAUUUUAGACUUGAUUUAUUACCUCACUGGUUAUUCGAUUCAUCCCAACAGUCCAUUGAGCAAUGUAAAUUUCCAAAAGACUUUGCAACCACUUGUAAAUUUCCUCGAAAAAAACCACUCCAUCCUUCAUUCGUGAUCAAGCAAGUGUUGAAUAUUUAUUUUCCCUCAUUCUUGUCAGAUCAUGCACCGUCACAAUCAAAAAUUCAUGUGAAUCAAGUAUUGCUUUCAGAACAAAACCAAAAUAUUCUAUUGGAUGCAUUUUGGUGGUUUUAUGUAAAAUUAUUUGGGCAUCAAUACCUGGUGUCAAAGAGUACUGAAUACUACAUGACCAAUUUGGACAUGUGUUUGGAAAAGAUACAUCAUAGCAACGACUUUUUUCUUCGCCUUCAGAAAUCGAAAUACUAUCAAGAGAAGGCGCAAGAAUGGUCACAACGAAGAUUUGAAGCCUUGGCACAAGAAUUUAUUCAAGUCGAAAAUAGAAUUGCCAACAACUAUGCAGAAAUGGUCGUAAAAUUUAUUGCAGCACGCCAAUUUGAAUCCAAACAUAAUAUUUCCUACGGUUUUGAUGAAAUGUAUAUUGAGGUGAUGGCUAAAUCUGUAUUUAUGAGCUUUGGCUAUAACUUUCCUGAUAGCUCUGAGCAAUUUGAAACUGCUGAAUUCCAACGAACCAUCGUGACACAAUUUCAGAUUUGGAGUUUGGGCUUGGACUCGAUUCGACAACCUUGUUUGGACAAUGUUUGGAAAUACAAAGUUGAGCUAAAACUACCGACCACUUCUUCUGACAACUGCAAGUUGACAGUCAAACAAAAAUUCCAAAAAGCAGUUCUAACAGUGUGCUCUGGUGUUAAGGAGAGAACAACUGUCAAGAAACAACAAGACGAAUUGAAUCAUGUACUUGCAAAAAUUGAAGAGAAUACAUAUUCACCGCGUUACAAUCUUUUUGAAAUGUUUCACGAAGAGGAAAUGAAUUUCAUUGAGCUUGUCAAGGCAAAUAGGAAAGCACAAAUUGUUGAAGCGUUCGCACAAGGAGCGAAUCUCACAACCGAAGAAUUGGCACAAAUCAUUGAGUAUGAUGAACGCGAUGAAGAAUUACAUUUUGAAUUGAAAGUGUUGCGAGAAGCUAAACAGAAACAUGAAAAGAAUCAUUCACCUAAAUCAUACGAUAUUAAGGACGUGGCAACAGUUCGAAAAAAAGCAUGGUAUGAAAUUGGAGAAGGCGACAAUGUCACACUCAAAUCCACCACACGAAAAGAAUGUAAACAUUUGGGCGUGUUUAAAGCAUAUUCUCAUAGCAAGAAAUCAAGUCCUCUGGUUUCGCAAUACGUUUCGUUAUUGAGAGAAACAAAUUCUCUGCAACGACAGGCAGAACGAUUUGAAAAGAGAAACGUCAUGAGAAGAGAUUACAUGAAAACUCCACAACCAAAAAACGAUGAUAAUUCAUCUCUUCGAAAAAGCCUCAACAACACAAACGAAAGCAGUGUGUUGUCAAAUACUUCCUCCUCUUCCUAUUCGAAAGGUUAUUCCACAUUGUUGAAACCUGAUAAGAGUAUUCACAAGUUGUUUUCUCAAGUAGUGUAA